CCAUCCUCCACCCUCAACCCAGCCCAGCCCCAGGCCACCAUGUGCCACACUAGCUGCUCCACAGGCUGCCAGACAGCCUGCUGCGUGCCCAGCUCCUGCCAGCCAACUUGCUGUGCACCCGUGAGCUGCAGGCCCGCCGUGUGUGUGCCCGUGAGCUGCAGGCCCGCAGUGUGCGUGCCCGUGAGCUGCAGGCCCAUUGUGUACCUGGCCCCCUCCUGCCAGUCCUCUGGGUGCUGCCAGCCCUCCUGCCCCACCCUGGUCUGCAGACCUGUCCCGUCUUGCACCCCUUCUUGCUGCUGAGCCUGUGGCCUCCCAGGACCCCUCCUCCAUGUGGGGUCAGAAGCAGCUGGCUCUGAACUCCUCUGAGGCAGCCCAGACGUUGUUCACUUCAGACCUUCCGGACCCAACUAGACCACCUUGCAGCAAGGCCGCGCCAUCCCAGGCAGCCAGGCUGAGGGGCUCACCCCCCAGUGUCCCCUGACUGCAGCCCGGGUCAUCCACCUGGAGCCCACACUGGCUGGUGCAGCGUCCAGACUGCAGCCUCCAGCAUCAAAGGUCUAAUAAACACCAUAGUGGAUGCU